AUUAGAUUAACACGACGUCGUUUCGCCCUUCUUCUCUUUUCUUUCAACUUCUUUUUAACAAACUUUUUAGGGUUUUAGCUCCACAACAAUGGAUACUCAGCCGCCACCAUGUUGGAGCACCAUACUCAAACAACCGCCGCCGCCGCCACAAAAUCCGGCCACCGUCACCGCAGACGCAGCUUCCGGAGCCACCACUGCUGCGGUGGCGUCAGCUACCGGAGUUUUAGUCGGGAGAUGUAAGUCAACGAAAGGAAUAGCUGUGGCUGUAGUAGACGCAAACGCGAUAAUUCAAGGCGGAGAUAAGCUCAAUCAUUCAGCUGAUCGAUUCGUUUCGGUACCUGAAGUGUUGUUGGAGAUUCGUGAUGAGAACUCUCGUCACUCGCUUAAUUUUCUUCCGUUUACUGUUGAUACGCUGGAGCCUUCUCCCGAUUCUCUCAAAAAAGUUAUCAGCUUUGCAAGGGCUACUGGUGAUUUGCACACACUUUCUGAUGUGGAUCUCAAGCUCAUUGCGUUAACUUACACCUUGGAGGCUCAAUUUCAUGGAACUCAACAUCUCCGAGAUUGUCCUCCACCUAUUCACACGGUUAAUGUGAAAAGGUUGCCAGAGAAGGAGUUGCCUGGAUGGGGCGCUAACGUCCCUAAUCCAGAAGAAUGGGAAGCAAUAGAACAUGCACUUGAUGAAGGAGCAAACACCACCUCUAGAAUUCUUCCGUUGAAAGAUUUGAGCUUGAAUGUUAUUCCUCUUGAUCAACAAAGCAGUAGAGAUGGUUCUGUUGUGAAUGGUGGUGAUUCUCAUUCUGAGAAUAAGAUGGAUGCCGAUGAUGGCUUCAGUAAACCUAGAAAGUACUUGCCACAGAAAAAAGAGGUGAAGAUUGAAGGUAAGAAGAUGGUUGCUGAUGGAAUUGAUGCGUCACAGGGACAGUAUGAUGAUCAUGCUGAUGAUUGGCUACCUGCUGUGAGCAGAAGUACUCAUAGGAGAUUUCUCAGACGGAAAGCCAGGCGUGAAAUGUCCGAGACAUCAUCCAAAAUGGAUGAUUUACAAGAAGCAACUGAAAAUACAGUAGAUGAGAACCUCAACAACUGUCAAUGCGACGAUAUCUCUAUGCACCAUAACCCUGAAGAAAAUACCACGGCGAAUACAGAGGAUGGUAAGGUUUCUGAAGUAAGAGAUGGUGAAGAACAUUUGUCUACGAUUUUGAGUCAGAUGCGUCUCGAAGAAGAUUCUGCAAAAGCUCUUCAAGAUGCCGCAGAUGUAAGCAUUUUCACUGAAGGGCCUGAAUCAAAUGAUACUAAGCAAAACAGUAAUGAAUUAGAAGAUGAUGAAGGGGAGAAUUUUGACACUGCUGAUGGAGGAGUGGAAGAUGCAGAGAUGGACAGCCAGAUGGAUGAGAGCAUCGAGACAUCGUUUGUGGAUGAUAACAGCAGUGAACAGAGUUGGAUGUUAAAAUCCUUGUCUGAGUCGAGCGUGGCCUGCGUGACAGCUGAUUUUGCAAUGCAAAAUGUUAUUCUUCAAAUGGGUUUACGCCUUGUGGCACCUGGAGGAAUGCAGAUCCGUGAGCUGCACAGGUGGGUACUGAAAUGCCAUGCCUGUUAUAAAGUUACGACAGAUGUUGGUAGGAUUUUCUGUCCUAAUUGUGGAAAUGGGGGCACUUUACGUAAGGUAGCAGUGACCGUUGGUGAAAAUGGUAUUGUUAUUGCAGCACGCAGACCACGUGUAUCCUUGCGAGGGACAAAGUUUUCCUUGCCUUUACCUCAAGGGGGUAGAGAUGCGGUUACCAAAAACCCAAUAUUACGCGAGGACCAGCUUCCGCAGAAGCUUCUUUAUCCUAAAACAAAGAAGAAGAACAAGGGGGACGAGAUAUAUACUCCAGAUACUAUUUUCCUCAACCAUACGAGUAAGAAGGCUCCUCUGCAACCCCCUGUUCGCAAGGCACUAGCUGUUUUCAGCGGUAAGAGGAACCCUAACGACAAUCAUUAUUCUCGCGCUAAACAUUAGUUUGAGUUUUUUGAAAUAGCCACUCUUGUGAGUUUACAUUUUUGUACGAGCAAUCUGGGUUUAGAACGUUAGUCCAUUAGAUUAUAUGGUCGAAAGCUGUGAAGAUUAAUGUGUUUACCAAUAUCCAACAUUACAAGUUCUAAGUUUAUGUCACUUGAUAGGUACUUAAUUUUAGUAUGUCAACAUUUUUUUGCUGAUUUAAGUUGGCUUUUCAUAUACACAAAGUGUGACAGGAGUGAAUUAUUUUUGCUUUUAGUUAGAGAAGGUUCAUCUUACCAUUUCUUA